GCCGAAUUGUGCCAAAGCCCGCGCAGAUUUCCGGUGAUGACUCGCCAUGUAGUGCAGCGAUUCUACGGGCCCCACAAUGCGAGUUCGGCACCUACAGUCCCAUCUUCAUGAUGAAAAACUCAUCUACCAGGGCAAGCUCGAGGCCCUGCAAGGGCAACGCUUGGGCAUCGAUGCUGUGCACUGGCUCCGAUCAAUUCAGGCUCUGAAAGAUCCAUUUGCAGAUGCUUUGGGAGGAGUUCCGCCUGGCAUCUUUGGCGUAGUGGAUAAGGAGCUGGAAGGUUUCAGACGGCUGCAAAUCACACCAGUCUUCAUUUUUCAAGGUAUGACACCUGGGCCAAAGCAUUCCAUGUUUGUGAACCGUAUGGAUCAGCAAAUGAUGGAUGCGUGGGCACUUUUGGCAAGUGGUCACAACAGUGAGGCGCAGAAAUUCUUUGCAGUCUCCACCAGUCGGAUCAAUGGUGAUUUCGUUUACUUCAUUUUUCAGCACAUGCGGUACCGUGGCUGCGAAGUUUUGCAAGCCCCGUAUUUUGCAGGAACGCAAUUGGUGCAUUUCGCAGAAGGAGGUGUGGUUCAAGCUGUUUUUGGCCCGCCUGGACUGCUGCUGUUUGGCCUCAGCAAAGCUAUUAUCAAUAUUGACUUUCAGAAUGUUGUUUUCGACUGGAUCGACCUGGAGCGUAUCCUGGACAAAUGGAACAUGACGCGCGAGCAGUUCGUAGAUGCCUGCAUGUUGGCAGGAACUGAGUAUUGCCUCACGUUCCCGUACUUGCAAGUGGAUCAGGUCAUGCGCUUCAAUUUCGAUGUCGCAGUGAAUGUGGCAAAGCAAGCUCCGCUUCUCCAGUGGAUGCACACGUUCCCCACAGAGGACAUGAAGGCUGACCACGUCGAGGGCUACUGUGUUUGCAAAUUGCUAAUCCAGAGCUCGCCAGUCUAUCAUGUAAAGGCGAAUGCUGUGAGGCCCUUCUCCUCUUCCGGGCCUGUCCCAAGUGAUUAUCCUGCAGUUCUGGGAGCGCUACUGCCAAGCAGUUUGUACUUUCUCAUUGUGAGCGGCAUGCUUUCAGCAAAGCUUCCUCAGGCUUUGGCAAAGGGUGAAUGGCUUGACAAGUCACAACCUUUGGUGGAUACGCAGGAGUACCGCCAGCUGCUUUCUGACCUCACAGAGUAUCGGCAGAGGGCACUAGGACUCAUCGCGCGACACUUGCCUUCCUACUUCCGUUCCAAACGUAUUCUUUGCAAAGCAUUUUGGGAGCACCUGCAAAAUCGCCGCAGUUGUGAUGCUGGAAGGGCCAGGCGUUAUUUGCAGCCAGACAAGAUGCAGGAUGUGGGUGUUGAUGUGUGGUAACAGAUUCACCAGAGAAAAAACCACGUAAUGUUGGUUUAGUGGCCAGUCCUCUCAUUCAUGCUGUAACCUAAUUGGUAUUGGAGCGCACUGACCUGUCAGGACGUCAU